AUGCAACCUGUUCUGCAAACCGUUUCGAAAUUGCCAUGUCGAGUACUGGGUGUUGCUGAAGUUGACUUUAGUAGAUCUAGACAACCUGGGGAACUGCGUGACACAUUUUGGGCAUGCGCAUGUGCUGUUGUGUGCCAUAAACCUACUAGUUUUUCUUGCGGUGGGAAUGUCACAUGCAACCAUGAGCAACGCUGCUCAGACAUGGACACCAGCUGGGCACUCAAAAGUUGGGAUGUCAACAAUAAGGAACGAGGUUCAGCAACAAACGAUACAUCAUCUUUGUUGUGGUGGUUGAAGUUGAAGAAGUUUUUAAGAGGAAGAAUUGAAGAUUUGAGAUUAGGAACGAAGAUUUGUGAGAACUUGUGUAGGUUUUGUUUAUUGAGAAAGGAUUUUGUAUCAAAGUUUGGUCAGGUUCCUACACUGAACUACUACUGCUAUUUAUAUUGUUUUGGAUUGGGAAAAUUAUAUGACUGGGGUCAGUCCCAAUGA